AUGCCCUGCGCUUCUGUGGCGGGCUGUGUGAAGCUUGCUGCGUCCCCCAGCUCAUCUCUGUCCCUACGUGACUUUGUCUUCGUAUACACUUCUCGCUCUCGCAUGCUACUCAACAACAACAACAACAACAACAACGCCAACACCACACCAACCAUGCCAUCCCGCCACAAAGCCGACGCCUCCGCGCCUCCGCGCCCACUGCCCGCUCUCCCCCCAGCGUCGCCAGAGCCAAUUUCAAUGCCAAAGCGCCCGCGCGGCCGUGACCGCACGGGGAAAGUCACAGUGAACAGCAGCGCGCUGCCCACAACAAGCACCACCCGCCCCGCAGGUCCGCGUCCGCGCCCCGCCCCUCCGCCCCAGCCUCGCGCCCCGUCCACGCCUUCGCGCGCUGCUGUCGCGGCGCUUGUUGCGGCUGCUACGGCAAGGGCGGGCGAGAAGCGCAAGCGGUGGGAUGGUGAGUGCUCCGUUUCUGCUUCUACUGGUGACGCGUCUGCUUCUUCUGCCGCCGUCACGUACGCCGCUGCCAGCAGCAGUGGUGGUGGUAGUGGCAGCAAUGUCGCGGCCUGGGUGCAGGGUGUGUUCGAUGCACGCGCUGGGGCUACUGAGGGAGAGGGAGCGAGAGAAGAGGGAAAGGGAACGGGAGUGGCAGAAGAAGAAAGCAAGGAGCAGCAGGAAGAAGAACAAGAAGAAGAAGAAGCAGAAGAAGAGCCACCACCACCCCUGCACCACACGCCGACGCCGCUCCCCGCCGUGCCCGUUUCCUGCACGCACACGCACGACCACACGCACGCCCAACCCAGCACCACCACCAGCACGACCCCCCCAUCCACACACACAACAACACACAGAACCACCACCCCCCUUCCCUCCGACCUCGCCACCACACUAACUUACCACCCGCCCCCCUCACCACCACCACCCCUCUGCCCCACCUGCGCCACUCUCGCAACAGCAAUCACAGAGCUGCAAGAAGCAGAAUCAGCGUACCUGCGCGCGAGAGACGCGCAUCGCGCAGCCGGGGCGCCGCUGACGGGGCCGUUGCGCUUCGCGAAGAGGGAGCGGGCGCGGGCGUGGCGGGUCAAGCGGCUGGGUGUUUUGCGUCAGGGGGAGGAGGUCGAGGCGUUGGAUCGGUUGGGUGGUGGGGUUGGGGGUGGGGACGAGGAUGUGCACAAGAGCGAGGACGUAGAUGAAGCCGAUGGCAAGAGCAAGGGUGAAGAGGGCGAGGGUGCGCCUGCGGCCGAAACCAUUCAAGGAAAUGCGGAUGAAGACAACGAAGAGCACCAGAAAUCCGUCCAUUUCGCGCCUAACGCGCACUCGCCGACGCGGUACUACCGACCCUCGGCGCGGUAUGCGCGCAGCGAGCGGCUGUGGUAUCGGCCUGGUUUGCAUGCGUAUCCUUACACCACCAGCACCAGCACUACUUCCACCACCAGCACUGCCACUAACGCUACCGCCGCCGCUACCGCCGCCGCCGCCGCCGCCGCCGGUGCUGCUAAGAAACGAGCUGAAGAGCACGAAAACGAACAACAGGAAGCGCCAGGCUGGCUAAACACGAGCGGCGCGACCUGGUCAUGGGAGGAGUGGGAGUGGGAGGCGCUGUGGUCGUCGCCUUCUUCCUCACCAUCACCACCAUCGUCUUCCUUCUCUUCCUCUUCUUCUUCCUCUUCCUUCUCAGAAAACGACGGCGCCAACAUGCUCCUUGACUCCAUGGACGAGAAUGUGGAUAUGCUGGCAGAAGAAAUGGUAGAGGAGGAUGACGACGACAGCACCAGCAGCGACGAUGAUGGCGACGACGAGCAAGAUGAAGAUGAGGGCGGCGAAGAAGAGCACGACGAGGGCGAGGGCAAGGCCGAGGGAAGCAAGGCCGAGACUGUGGAUGUGGAUACAGACACAGAUACAGACACAGACACAGAUACAGGCACAGACACAGACGCCGACGCCGAAGCCGAAGCCGACAUCGAAGCGCGCGAGCGUAAAGAGAUGCCAGAGGCGAUGCCAGAGGGGAUGCCAGAAGAGUAGCGCAUUUGUAAGAAUGUGUGUGUCAAACCCAAAGAAAAGAGCGCGAGAGGAAACGCGGAAAUGUAGGUUGGGUUUUUGGGUUUGUUUCCCUCUCUUGUUUCCUUUCUUUGUAUUUGGAAUUUGGAAUUUGGGUUUGCGUAUGUUUUGUUUGAAUCACGUCAGGGUGCCCUCGUUUAGAUAAGGUUGUAGAUAUAGCGUGCGUGCGUGCGUGCGUGCGUGCGUGCGUACGUACAGAUACAGUGCCGAGUGCGUAGAAAUGCGUAGAAGGACCUAAAUAGGUAGGGGAGGGGGUAUUUGUAUGCUAGAUUAACGCAAGGUCCGUCGCUG